GCCUUGUACGGAUGUGUACUUCUCGUUCAUUCAUGCCUUACAGAUAACUAAAUGAACAAGUAGCCGCGUGCCAACCGCCAACCGCGGCAUUCGAAACCAACCAAGUAGAGAUAGAGUGUUACAGACUUCGCACCCGUCCGCCCUGCUCUAUAUAUAGCCAUUAACGUAGAUCAAUCUACGCACGUGCGCCAAUUUCUUCGCUUAGUUGCAUGCCGCAGAUGCAUGCUUGAAGUCCAGCCAUGGCACCGGCGGAUGGCGGCCGCAGCAGCAGAGAUGGCGCCCCCAUGGAGGCCGGGAAGGCGGAGCCGACCAAGCCUUCGCGCAUCAAGGAGCUCGGUGCCAGCCAGCAGCGGGUCGUGACGCGAAUGCCCGGGGAGAAGAAGAAGAUCAAGGCGAAGCUGCGUGAGGCGGUGGAUGUCGGGAACUCCGCGUCCACGACGACGUUGCCCGGCGACGGCAAGGAGCAGCAGCAACAGCCGUCGUCGUUGCCCGGAGACGGCAAGGAGCAGCAGCAGCGGCCGUCUUCGUUGCCCGGCGACGGCAAGGAGCAGCAGCAACGGCCGUCUUCGUUGCCCGGCGACGGCAAGGAGCAGCACCAAGGGUCCGGGAAGAGGCCGAGGUUCGUCUGGACUACCGAGAUGCACGUCAAGUUCGUGGAAGCACACACAACUCUUGGGAGAGACGCUGUGCCGAAGAAAAUACUGGAGUUGAUGAAUGAUCCUAGUCUGACUAGAGCGAAUGUCUCCAGCCACCUUCAGAAAUAUAGACUGAAUUUGAGAAGACAAGAAGGGCAGCCAAUUGGGGCGAGAGGUAAUGCCAGAGCGACAAGGUUGCAUCACAGAGCUCAACCCAUUCAAGAAGAUGCUCCUCAAGCACCUUCAACCCCUCUGCAUCGUCCGCCUCGAGGACCCUUUCUCCAGGAAGCCUCUCCUCAAGCACCUUCACUCCCUAUGCAUCCUCCUCAUCCUCAAGGACCCUUUGCCACUCCCAGCAUGUCUCAACCGCAAACGCAAACAGGGCAUGGCCGGCUAGUCCAGACACCGCCAGAUCACCGCUACAGGAGCAAUGCUCGAAGCUUGCCUCAUCAACACCCGAACUUGCCCGUGGCACAGCAAAACUUGCUUCAUCAAGUCCACCCGAACCUACCUGUAGCCCAGCCGAUGCCGAUGCAGGACCGCUUCAAUCCAUCGCCGCUCCAGGUCGCCGCGAUGCGGCAGAUGCAUAUCACGCGACAGCGAGCACAGCAAGCUGCAAGGAUGCAGCAGGCUGCCGCUGCCUCAGGCUACAAUCACAUGCUGGUAAGGAACUACGAGCUGGGUGCGCAGCGGGAGAAUAUCAGAGCUCCAGCGACGGGAGCCUUGCUGAACCAUCGCCCAGAGCCGUUCAUGCAGGCGUAUCCUCAAGCUAUGGACAUGCGCAGAGGAUACUCGGUUCCUGAGGCCAAUGUGAGAGAUGAACAGAUGGCGCAGCAGCAGAUCGGCGUCCAAGCUGAAACGGGGCAAGCGCGCGCCUCGGCACCAGACGCCGCUCCCCUUGUCGAUCCGGGUCGCGGCCACGCAGAUGAUUUGAGCGACGACGUCCAGCAAUAUUUGAUUAGCGAUUCGGAAGCUUCAUGGAACCGCGAAUUCCCCUCCAAACAAACCUGAUUGGCACGCUGGCUGCGCCGAUGGCAGAUUUCCACACCAACCCUCUGUUUGUUUAGAGUUAGGGAAUUGGCCUUGGCGAGCUUGAGCUUCGUCUUCAGCUUAUUGAUGUUGUAUGAAUUUCAAGCUCUCCUAAUCAUGGCAAAGCUUUUGGUAGAUGCUAAUAAUAGGCCCUUGAUAGACAGGACACAGGACCUCAGUUUGCUAGCUAUUCGUUGGUGAUUCUUUUAUUCUUUGUUAGAAAAAAACAUUGGUGAUUUAUUUAUGUCGCGGACACUUUUUGAUGUGAGGAUGUUGUUGGU